CUUUGGUCUGAGGUGAACAUGAAUAAUUUCCUGUACGAAGUCCACUGACCUAAUGCAAGACUGCUACCAUAAGAAUUAAUUUUAUAUUAGCUUAAAAAAGCAACCCCGCCUUAUGUGCUUUAUAUUUCUUACAUUCUGAAAAGUUAUUAAUGGAUGUACCAAGUCACAUCUUUCGUCUGAGAAAUUUACAAACGAGAAGUGUCUCUGCAGGAUCGCUUGUCUGCAGAUGAGAAUUAAACUGACGAAUCAUGCAGAAUUCAGUCGAGUCCUUCAUAAAUGUGCUGGAGUCAUAUAGAGGAAGAGAUAAAGUGAUAAGGACCCUCUGCUAUGGCUCUCAGCUGGUAGGUGGAGUUCUAGCUGGAAAGAAGACUCAGUCUUCACUGGGGAAGAGUCUCCUGCUGUUCUCCGCUCAGUUGAGUCACUGCAGAACCACACUCAGGCUCUUUGACGACCUCUCCAUGCUGGCGUACUCCACAAGCUAUGGGUUAGGAGCCUCGGAGGAGGACGCUUUGGUGCGCUGGAUGUCAAUUCUGACUAAUGUAGCUGAUCAGUUGUAUUACCCGUGCGAGCACAUCGCCUGGGCUGCAGAUGCAGAGCUCAUCAAAACCAAAUCUGACCGGUGGUGGGUGUUGAGCACAGGCUUCUGGGGCAUGUCACUCAUCCUCAGCAUACUCAGAUCCAUUAGAUCCAUCCUGAUUCUGAAGGGAAAAGUGCAGAAGUGUCAAAGGUCAGGUUCAGCUGACAGCAGAGAGGAAGCAUUUUCUCAGAGAGCUGCGCUCCGGAGGCAGAUCAGAGGGGAAGUGUUCAGUAUCCUGAGCAGUAUGGCAGAUCUCAGCAAUGCCAUUCAUUGGAUGCCGCCUGGAUUUCUGUGGGCUGGACGGUUUCCUCCAUGGCUGGUGGGACUGAUGGGAACGGUAUCCUCUCUGAUAGGUCUUCUACAGAUGAGCUCCAGUGAUCAAGGAGCAUGUACCUAAAGCAUUACACACACAUCAAAUCUGGUACUAUUUGUAAUGUAUAAUUUAAUAAUUAAUAAUUAUGUUUAACAAUGUGCAAUUUAUACAGAUUCACUGUUUUGUACAGACUCACUGAUAAGUCUGUAUUUUGAAAUUCUGUUAACUUCUACACUGGUUAAUAGUUAAAAAACAAUGUUAUAUUCAAUUGUAGAUGGAUGAAUGUCUUUGUGAAAAUAUAAAAUCUUUAUACAAAUAA